AUGAACAGAACAGAUUUGAAAUAUUUAUCUGAAGCUGCGACAUCGAUGACAGACAAAAUUAACGAAAAAGGUCGGCCACAUAAUCAACGUUAUCCUUUCCAAAAGCAGAAUCCACAAACAACAACACAUCUCUUGAUGGAAUACAGUGAGCGUCAUGUACCUAUUCUUUAUGGUCCACAAAUUCCUCGACGAGAUCGUGAUGAUACUCGAGAACGAUACAGUCGAGCUCUUCUCACACUUUUCGUACCUUGGCGCAUCAUCAUAGAAAAUAUUCAACUUUUACAUGAAUGUAAACGAGAUCACGAUGAACAUUUGCUUCAAGUUAUUGCUGAAGCUCAAACUGAUAACGAUGCAAUCGAUCCUGUUCUUUUGCCUGCAAAUCAACAUAUUGAUGACGAAUAUAAUAUGAACGAUAGUGAAGACUUAUUAGAAUUAAUAGGCAAUAUAGAUGAAUACACAACUGCAGUGAUUAAUCCCAUCAAAAGAUCAACAGAAGAUAAAUAUAUUGAAGAAACUAUUGAAGCAGUCGAAAAUGUUGGACGAUUUAGCCAUAUAAAUACCCAUCACCAAUCUUCUUUAAAUGAAUUUAUCGAUUCUGCGAAUCAACAACUUGUACCGUUCGUUUCUGCAACAUCAACUCUUGUUCGACUAAACACAAAAUGGCAAGAACAGCUGAAAACUGAGAGAGAACAAGUUAGACAAAGUUUAAUUACAGGCAACUAUGACAAAGCAGAUGAUACAAUAGAUUUACAUACUGCAAAAGAUGCUAUUGUUGCAGUGGUGAAUCCAAAUAGUUAUAAUAAAAACAAUUUUGAAAACUAUGGCUUAAUUCUUCCAGUGAUCUCAGUCACAACUAACUCUCCUGCCCAAAAAAGCGUUGCAGAUGAAUUUACAUUAAAUAGAGAACAACGAGCUGCAUUCAUGAUAAUAACAAGCCAUCUUGAUGGGGACAGCCGAUGUCGAACAGGUACCUUUAUAACUUAA